GAGCUUUGCUGUGCCCCCCCAACAGCCCGCUGGUGAAUAGAGCAGCGUUUCCAUCAUGUCGAAGUUCAGGGUUGAUUCCAUUCAUAUAUCGGUUGUGAUUGGAGAUUCUGCAAUCCAUCUUCUCGUUGAGGACGCAAAGGGAAAACCAAAGGUCCUUGCGGCAGUUUUGAUAGACGGAGGAGAUGACAUCGCUGGUGGCGGUGGUGCUGCUGCGGCGGAUGGAGACAGCGACGGGGACGAUGAUGGACAACAACAAGGCGACCGGGAUACUAGAUUUGUCUAUCUCCGCCGCAAAGCUAAGAAGCAUUCCAUUCUCUCCACUAUCACUUGGAUUGAAAAGAAAUACGACUGCAGCGAGAUGGCCAAUAAACGACUCCAAUUUGAUUCGAUUGUGAUCACCCAUUGGGACAGGGAUCACUACCAUGGCAUUGGCAACAUCCUCAUGACUGAGGCUCGGGGAGGCAAUGUGCCAACCAAGCUUUCCUGGUUGAAAUGGGGCCCUAAUAAUACCCCAGAGACCUACCUCUAUGCCCCCACGCAUCCUGCGACCAAAACAGAGCUGCUGGGAACUUUUACAUUUGAUACAGAAGAUACGGAAAAAAAGGUGAUUCGCAUUGCCUACAAGAAGGAAGGGGAAAAGAAGAAGACUCACGAGCCAUUUGCCCAAUUUCGCAGCACUGGGACACCGAAAAAUAAAACGGCAGACGGUCUAUGGGGCGUCUUGGGAGUGAACUUUUUCAACAACAAAAAGCUUACAGACGAGACCCCGGAUGAUACCGUCAAACCAACAGCUUUGGUUAAAAGUAAUCCUCCCGAUAACCCUGCUCACCCAGCCUUGUACUGUGUCGGGGUACGGUAUUCCUGUCUUGUCAAAGGCACUUGGGACCUGACUGGCCGAAGGUCAAGCGAUGAUGCUACGGCAAAAGGCCAUAACCCUCAUAUUGUUCCCGGGCAGCGUGCCGGCGAAAUCAACGAGGUCUCGAUCGCGGCAAUGGUCAUGUGGAAAGGAGUUGACAGCAAGAGCCCUCCUCGUGUAUCUCAUUAUUUUGCGGGAGAUCUCGGUCAGGACGAAGAAGAUCCGAUUUUAACCUGGUUGGAAAGCGAUAAUAUCAACCGCAUUACAAGCAUGAAAGCAAGUCAUCAUGGAGCAACUAAUGGUACUCCAAUCGACAUGUUUAAGAGGUUUCAGCCCGUGAACACCUACCUCCCAUCUUCGACCAAGGUUAAACACGGCCAUCCUUCGUGGGAGUUUGUAUUCGCCUGGAAUUUGUACUGCGCGGCGAGGGCUGCCAGAGAAAAGGUAGCUCGCUUGGUAUGCGCCGCUUAUCCCCCGUACCUCUGGCAGGAGAAUGGAAAAUAUAAUGAUAAGGAUCUUGCCGACAUGCGUCUAUUGGGCCUCGGUGAGAAAGGUGCGGAAUUCCGAGACACGCUAAGGGCACAGCUGAAAGAAAUCAACGACGCCCGGUCCGGACGUUUUCCGGUGGAUAAUGAGUACGAGAAGUACGUUGAUAAAGAUGAAGACACGCAGCGAAGAUACAUAGCAGAGCGCCUGGCCGCGAUUCUGAAAUUACGUGCUUUCCCGACGGCAGAUUAUCAUCCAGCGUUGAACUCGGGCUAUGUCAAGAGGGGCAGUUGCAAAAAUAAACAACAAGGACUGGAUCUGGUACUGAUACGAUCGUAUGCCGAAGAGACGAAGGACGGCGACUUUCUUUACAAAGACUCUGGCAGCGAUGAGCUAGCUAAAAUCCCAGCCAUUACGAAUAACACAUUGAGAAGGUCAUCCCGUUUGAAAGAUCAGAACCAGCAAGCAACUCGUACUAAACGAAAGACCAACCAGUCCGUACCGCCGGGUGUUCCCAAAAAAAAGAAGUCGAAAAAAGGUUACAAAGCUGGAGAUGGGGAAACUGAUGCCUGGCUGCUUGGUGUGGUCGAGGUUUCUGAAGGCACCUUCUAUGUGCCCCCCGAAACAAACCCAGACGAAAUGGGCCCGGGAGACGAUGACGAGGAGGACGAAGAUGAUUCUUCGAUCGCCGCCCCUACCAGCAUCCAGGGGGUGGUGAACCGAGUCUCAACUCAAGCUAGGAGGCAUAUCACCGGGGAUCCAAUCAUCCCUGCGAACGGGUACUAUCUCUUCACAAGCACCGUUGAUCCAAGUGACAUCGAUGCGGAUAUCGAGCACCAGAUCCUCCCGCCGGGUCCUCUGGAUGAAUUUGUCGACGCACUGCAUUGUGGCGUCCUUUGUCUGGUAGAAAAGCCAGAGGUCAGCGCAGAAACUACUCUAGAGGAAGGGGUGGAUGAAUGGGGAUGUUGGAUUCAAGACGUUCUCGGCGCUCAGACCGUGUCUGUGGUUCGAGGGGCUGAUGAUGAUGAAGGAGGGUUCACGAUCAACAGCUGGAGAAUGCAGAUUCCUCUUCAACCGAUUGAAAGUGAAUUGGAAAAUCCUGAUCCUACCCUGCUGGACUUAACCACAGACCUUGCUGUCCUGGAGAAAACCUUUGGGCCCACGGAAUUUGUCGAUGAAAAUGGUUUUUUGACCGAAAGCAACGUGCUGGUCUUCGGGCUGUCCGGAGUCGCCAGCGGGCCUACAUCCGUGGCCAUUAACAAAAUCAUCGAAUUCAUCGGCCUCCGAGAUUGGUUCGGGGAUCCAAGUGGCAGUGAUGAUAUUAACCCAUUCAUAGCCGUCCUGGGUAUGUUGGAGGUGAAAGUGCCCUCGACCGUGGAUGAGGCUGAGGAAGGCCGAAACGCGGUUUGGUUUACCCCGGGGGAUACCUACAGGACAACCAUCCGUCUACAAUUACCGUUACAGACGGGGGGACAGGCGGAGCUCAAUGAGAAAUUUUUGCAACCGUUCAAAAUCUCCUUGGAUGAGACUACCGUGAUCGCGCGGCGAUCAAGCACCUGGUCGACCAAACGGGACGACGUCGUGGUCGAAACCCAAGGCAGUCUGAUUCUUCGAGCGAGGGCAAAGGUCAACGGUGAUAUUACGCUAGACGCGAUAUUGGAGUUCAAUGCAACCCUGACGACUAUCACUCUAACGAAUUCUACCCUCGGCGCUGUCACAAUGGACAGCAUUCUCGGUUGGGUGGCGAAUGCUCUAGGACUCGAAUCCAGUUUUGAUUUCAUGAAGCUCCAAGAUCGAGAGACAUCUUCGUUUCGGCUGGGACAGUUUGAGUUUCGUCGAAUUAUUCUUGACCUGGUUAGAGACCCCGUCACGGGCAAAGAGACUAUAUCCAGCUUCAGCUUGCAUGCGGAGGUCACAAUGCGCCUCGGGCAGCACGCAGCUCCGAUCCUAUUUCACCUUACCUAUACGUACGAUGCCGUUGAUGGGAGUACCGUGCGAGCUCGUCUGUGGGGGAGGCCUCCAUCCAAACCUAGUGAAACUGAACAGCUUGUCCAACCAGAAUACGAGGACUUUCACUAUCUGGCGCCUAUUACUAUCGAAGAAGCAGAUUGGGUGUCGACCCUGGAUCUCAUCGCCAUUGGAGGAUUUGAGACAGCUCCAGCCUUCCUACCCACCCAGGUUCUCCAGGCUGAAUUCAUUGCCAACCAGGAAGGUCUUUACAUGACCGGCACUCUGGUUCCAAAGCCAGCAGAGGGAAGUGGCACGGUUCCAAUCUUUACCAUAGCAGAUGCUACCCUUGAGAUUUGGUAUGACUGGGAGCAGAGCCAGCCCGUUGCCCGUGUGGCGGGCCCGGGAUUCAGUGGUGGGUUCUACGUCAAGGCGUUGUUAUCGCAACCCAAGGGCUCGAGAUAUGGUGCGCCCACCCAGAUAACCGGAGCGGUCACAUAUGAGUCCAAGGACGAAGAGUGGCAGUUAUACGGGUCAAUGGAUCAUUUUUUUGCCUCGACGUUGGCUCAAUUCUUCUCCGAGGAUGUCCGAGGGGCAGUCAUUCCUAUGAUUGAAUCCAUCGAGGUGAGGGGUCUCGAAGUGAUCUAUUCAUUUUCCAAUCAAGCGCCGUCAGAAUUCGCAAUCAGGGGAAAUCUCGUUCUAGACCAGCAUGUCUUCUCCUUGGCAUAUACGCAUUCCGGGAACACUUGGGACUUUACUGCGGGCCUCAGAAUCGACCAAGACCCAUCGGUCGAAUCGAAUGCGGGGGGUAUGCUGGCCUCUUUCCUUGGCGAAGACUUGAAACUGCCUGAAUUCUUGGUAAAUAUCAUGGUUCCAACAAGCACCAGAGACUUGAUGGAGAUCAAGAUCGAGAGUAAAAAGCUGAACGGCAAUAUUCGAAACAGUGUGAUCGUGAUCGCCACAUGGUUGAUGGACGAUCGCCUUUUGCAGUUUAUACAAUUCCGCCAGGUUCCAGAGCAGGGAGGCAAACCAGGCCCUGUCCGGCGAAUUGUCAUCGCCUCACUGUCAGCAUUUCCUGCAGUAAACGUCCCUAUGAUCGGCGAUAUCACCCAGCCAUUCGACCAGGCCCUUUUUCUUUGGGCCCGAGCAGAAGGCGGUGAUGGAAUUCCAAAGGGGGAAUUAGAAGGCAUCAAUGAUAUUCUACGCAACUCCACUCCGGCGAAGCCUACAGUGCCAUUCAAGGUCCUCGGCAAUAGGGAUAGGGAUGACAAUGACGCAGAUGUUGUUCUGGCUAAUGGACUACACUUCAUGGUCGUCGCAUUUACCACCCGCGGUUUCUCAGAGGUCAUCAUUGAUUAUACCUUCCAGACCGGCAAGGAAUCAGGAACCAAGGCAGUGAUUUCCCAAGGAGAUACUGAGAAGGGGGGGAGAAUGGAGCCUUUCUCUAAAAAUGUCGGUCCACUCCAGAUCAAGAGCCUUGGACUACGCUACUCAACGGGCUUAUAUAACGAUGAAUCGAUCCUCUCGAUUCGAAUUGAUGCCUCGAUUAUGGUGGGUCCAAUAGAAUUCUCCCUGGUAGGGUUCAGCAUCGACUUGAAUUUCACCAACGGGACGAGCUUGCAUAGCCCACCGGGCCCCGAGUUCACUCUGGAAGGACUGCAGGCCGUCUAUGACCGGCCGCCGAUUGAGAUUGCUGGAAUGCUACAUAUUGGAAAAGAACCUGAGCGGGAAUAUUACCAAGGUGCCUUGAUGAUCAGCUACAUGCCUUGGCAGUUCCAAGCCGCUGGGUAUUGGGGCUACACGACGAAGAAGGGUAUUGAACAAUUCGAGACGGUGUUUGUCUACUGUGUCCUCCGUGGUCCGCUCAUCACAUUCCAAUUUGUGAGCAUUGAAGGGAUCUGUGGGGGCUUUGGCUAUAAUUCGAAACUCACAUACCCCACAGCGAAAGAAGUGAUCGACUUUCCUUUGAUCAAGGACGGGGCCACUCCAGGGCGACCCGAUGGUGAUACCCCCCUCCAAGCCUUAGAGAAUAUGCUUGAUACGAAAUGGUUUGCGCCGCAGGACAAGUCAUUUUGGGUUGCUGCCGGUCUCACGGUGAAGGCGUUUCAGAUCCUCCAUGUACAGGCAGUCGUUGCCGUCCAAUGGAACCCAUAUGUAGAGCUUGGUAUAUUUGCAGUGGCUACCGCCAGUAUCCCAGGAGGAAAGAGUGGGCGACAAUUCGCCUUUGUGCAGCUGGGAAUUGUGGCCACGGUGAACCUUGAAAGUGGUAUCCUGAAGGUUGAGGGUGAACUGACGCCCGCGUCUUACAUCCUGGACCCCAGCUGCCACUUAUCGGGAGGGUUUGCCUUGUAUAGCUGGUUUGACAGCAAGGAUACCAACCUGCGUGGUGACUGGGUGUUUACUAUCGGUGGCUAUCACCCUUCCUAUCAGAAACCAUCUCAAUAUCCCGCGGUCGACCGUUUAGGAAUCAGUUGGCAGUUUGGAAAAUCAGUCAGCAUCACCGGCAACGCGUACUUUGCCAUUACGCCAAAGACCUGCAUGGGAGGUGGCAGAUUAGAGCUAAAGCUCUCUCUGAACCCGCUCUAUGCAUGGUUUAUCGCCUUUGUCGACUUCCUGAUCAAUUACAAGCCCUUCUUUUUCAUGGCCGAAGGAGGCGUCUCGGUUGGGGUUCAGUUCACCCUGGACCUCUGGCUGGUUACGAUCAAGAUUCAUGUCGAGCUCAGCGCUCGUUUAUACAUCCAAGGACCGCCCAUCAGUGGCACCGUUCACGUGAACUUCUAUGUCUUUGGUUUCGAUAUUGACUUUGGCACCAACUCGUCUGCCAGACUCAUACCGAGGGUCCCACAGCCCUUCUCGCUUCCUCAUCGCAGGGCCACAUCGCCCAGGCUGGACUCAUACCUCUGGAGCAAAUCGAGUCCACACCUAGCACGGUUUUCUGUCAACUGCAAGUUUCCCAUCGAGAACGCUACCGUGGUGACAUUGAAGGUCUCCGGCGAGGAAAAUGGGAGCAGGGACGUGUAUCCAAGUGAAAAGGUGGACACGUUGAGCGCAAGACCGAUGCACAAGACAGGCAGCAUCAGCUCGAUCUUGACCAUUACCAUCCAGCGCGAUGGGGAGAAUGAACUAUUAGAAGAGAAAGAGCCAGAUCCUAUCUGGGAUGAUAAUGAAGCUAUCUACGGUGACGUUCCUGCCGCCCUUUUUGGCAAGUAUGAUGCCUCCACAGACCCGGGUCGGGUCAAGAACCCCCAGUCUCUAUUGAAAGGAACAUCCGAGAAGACACUCCGCGUCAUGACAGGUGUUCGACUCCGCCGACCGGGUGACAAAUUCUCCAAAGAUCCAGAUGUCACCUAUAAGGUCGAGUUGUUUCAGAUUUCCAAUAUCACACCCAUGUAUAAACUUCCCGAAAGUGAAGCACGCUCAGAGGCCCUCGAAGGAGUUCCGUGGCCAGAUACGCCUGGUUCCAAUAACUGGGAGACGGUAAGAAAUCAAUGGAAGAGCCCGGGUGGCGGAGAGCGCGCGGGCCAACAGGCUGCUGAUCUAUGGCAAGAGCUGGGUUUGACCCGCUUGGGCUGGGAUACAGAGCGUAUCAAGGGCUCUGAUUCCACCUUUACCGGGUGCCAACCACAGAGACUCAUCGACAAUCUUGAGAAACAUUAUCUGUGGGCACCGCUGCUGACUCGUGGAUAG